GGGUGUUUUCACAUAGAUACAAACACCUCUUGACACUGGUGUUCUGAAUCGUCUAAGAUGUUUUUCUUUAUUUUAAACAUUAACAUUACUGGAGCUGGAGUGUGUGUGAAAUAAACACUAGGAUCAUGAGCUGUAGCAGAUUCAUGUACGAAACUCUCUGGAUAUGGCAGGAGCCAUGGCGCGGCGUGUGACUGACUGAUUAGUUGUGAUUCUGCGGCAGUUCCACUGUCCCGCUUUACUCUUUAUAUUUUUUAUAUUUUUAUAUUGUGUUCCGAUUUCACAAAAAUAGAGAAGCAGUUUCAGGAGGGUGAGGAUGUUGGGACAUGAGUAUGUGUUUCAGAUGUCUGGUCAGAAGGAUCUCCAGCAGAAAGCAGAGCUGCUGCAGGCCAUCAGGGAGCUCCAGGGUCACUACAUAGGAGGAUCUGCUUAUAAAGAGACGAUGACGCAUCUCAUCACCACUAAUCCAACACCGAGCGAGAAGUUCCUUGCGGCAUGUGCUGCAGGGAAAUGGAUAGUGACUCCUCAGUUUGUUCUGGACAGCGUAAAACACAAGGCAUGGCUACCUGAAGCCUCAUACGAGUUAAACCUCACAGCUAACAUUAAGGCCCCUGUGACUGCAAACCCUCUUCAGAAGUGGAGGGAGAAUGUUGCCCGAGGCAUCACGUCUGGAGCUUUUCAGGAUUGGGUUGUUUAUCUUGAGAUUGAAGACCAUGUUAGAAGAGCCAUGUUUGAAAGAAUACUGAAGGCAGGGAAGGCUAAGCUCUGCACUGAUAAAUCGGCCACACAAGCUAUUACACACGUGUUAACCAAAGAUGGAUCCAAAACCUCUCGGAAACUUACUGCACCUUAUUUCAACAUCACCUACAUUGCUGAACAUCUCUUUGGGGCGGUGUGCUCGGAUAUGAACUGGUCCAUUAAUCUGAACAAAGUGAGCCAGCAGGCGAGUUGUGUUCGCCCGGAGGUCAUGGAGUGUGCCCCUAUAACAGUGGAGGAUGAACCAAUGGACAUUACUGAUAAUUCCUUUCUCUUCAAGCUGGAGGAAACGCUUAAAGACUACAUCACCAGAAUGGAGGUGCAGAAAAGAAAGCUGCUGAAAGUCCCUGGGUUUUAUACCUUCUACACUCCUGUCCUUCCAACCGAAAGAGCAAAGGUCAAAGUGGAUUUCAGUAUUGUUCAGAGCCUGGUGGAGUGCAGCCUCUUCGACCAGGCCCUGGAAGAGGUGCAGGGUUGUCUGAACCCCGGUGUACUUCCUCCAGAGUCAGUGCUCCACGUGUUCAUGCAGUACGCACUUCAUGGUGAAGCUGAGACCUACUUUCUCGGCAUGUUCAACAUCGUUCUGAACGACAUACUGUGCAAUAACCCGACAUGGAGCACUCCUAAAAGUACCAGGUACUUCCUGAAGAUCCUGCAGUGUCCGCAGUGUGAGUCGGGAGUGUGGCCAUUCCUGCAGACGUCCGUGAGGUUCUGCUUGGGGAGCACAGCGACCUGUCACUCACUGCCUAGCCCCGCCUCUAAAGAGCUUCUCCAUUUCCAUGGCAACCUGCAAGCUUUCAUCCUCAGGCUGUUUCAGCUGGAGCUGCAUGCCACGGCCUCUGCUGAGCAGGCGGCAGGCUCGCGGGGCUCUGUGCUCUACAGCAUGUUCUGGAACGUGUGGGAGAAGAUGACGCUGAGCUCCAAACCCCUCCAGCAGCUGGCUGAAUUGCUGGUGGAAGCCACACUCUGGGCUCUUCACUCCUCUGAGAAGUGGAGGCUGCGAGUGUUGGGCACGCUGCAGGAGAUUCUGGCUGUGGUGGUGGAGUACUGGGCUCAGGAGCACACUCGGCUCAACAGCCGGAUAGUACAGAAAGGCUUUCAGGACCUUGCAGAGCACAUGGCUAUCCUGUGCCAAGACCUCCAUCCAGACACUCUGAGGGAGCUGGUUCCUGCCCUCCCGUCUCACCAGCUCAGGAUGCUCACUGCUGAUGCAAUCUUCAGAAACAUCUGCACUAGGAACGGCCUGCUCAUCCGCUCAGAGCCGCUCUCCCUCCACAAGAUAGUCUUCUCUUAUCUUAAGGCCCUGGGGCAGUUGUGUGGAUGCAAACCGAGGCAUUUGCCCAAACACAGCACUAAGAGGACUGUCACACCCAGCUCAAACAGCCAAGGUGGAAGAGAAAGAAAGGAUGUGGGUGGCUCAGCGAAGGACAGAGCAAAGAACAUGCCAAAAGGUUUCCAUCGAGUCAAUUUUGCAGGGGAGACACUCCUGCAUCGAGCCUGCAAGAGGAACCAUGUGGAGAAAGUGCUGCAGAUCCUCAGCCUGCCUGGAGUGGAUGCCAACGUUAAAGACCACGUAGGCUGGACUCCCCUACAUGAAGCGUGUAACCAUGGCAGCACUGAGUGUGUGAGGGCUUUACUGCAGCACUGCCCCGGCCUGCAUCUGGACAGCCAGGUAGAAGGAGUGAGUCCACUGCACGACGCCCUGCUUAACCAGCACACACACAUCGCCAAGAUGCUUCUGCGCCAUGCCGGUUCUGUGCUGUUGCAGUUGCGUGACUGUUCUGGACACACUCCUUUGGACCUGGUCUCCAGUGCGGCACUGUGUGAGGAGCUCAUUCGCUCUGCUGAAGAAGGAGACGCAGCUCGGGCAGCCCAGAGCUCUUACGUGAGAGACAUGGCCCUUGUGGAGACCUGCUCGUGUCUCCUCAGCUGCAUCCUCCUCACCUAUUUAGCCGAACAGCACAUCCCCUCGUAUGAAAGUGUAGAGCCAGGGCUGGAGCUCAGUCCAUCUACAGCACAGACUUUGCUUAGCCUGAACACAGAGACAGUAAGUUCACACUGUGUAAACUCUAAAGCAGGAGCUCUGGCCCAUGACCUGAGGACUCUGAUGAGAAUGGAGAAGUAUGUGGGGCAGCUGAGUCCUGCGCUAACACGCUGCCACGGGACACACACCAGUCUGCUCAUCCAGCUGCUGAAGGACCUGCAGGCUGAGGGGUCAGCACUGCUCAAUGGCGAGUCUGUACUGUGACCAGCACCUAGCGUUUCCACAUUUGCAUAGAGCUAGCUCUUAAUCAUUUGUUCAUUUGUUGAUAGGAUCAACGAUUGUAGAUAGAUUUAUCAUGAUUGUAGAUAAAAUAAUAAUAUUUCUUAUUUACUUUUAUAUUACUUUGUUUGAAACAUAAGCUAUAACUUGUAUUAUACUAAAGCUAUAAUGCUUAAACUAAUGUAUAGUUUCCUCUCUGACUUGUUUCAUUAUUCUUUUAUUAAUAAACAAACAAAAAGACUUUUUGUACUUUAACUCCAUGGGAAAUGAAUAGUGAUGCACUUAUUUUAGGAAGUUAAUCUCUACGCUUCUUUAAUGAACAGGGAUCAGAAUAAACACCAGCAACCAAAAAGCCCUUCAGCAAUAAAACA